UUUUUUUCUUUUAAUUUGCACGCGCUUUUAUACAUUAUUUAUGGUUUUUAUUAUAUUUAAAUUUAUAGUGAUUUGGCCAUUACAUUAUUCAACAUGGAGGUCAUAUUGGCUUCAGUUGAUUCAGAAGAAUGGAGUGUGUCAAUCAGUGAAGUCAAUGCACUGCAAUCUGCUAGUGAAGAAAAUGAGGAAGAACAGCAAUCGGAAGAGCGUGAAAGUACCAUUAAUCCAGAUGAUAUAAAAUCAAUAGCCACAUUAUACAUUGAACCUGAUAAAAUCUCUCAAGAAUCCAGCUCCUUGGAUCAAACUGAAUUGCACGAAGAAUUGCACGAAGAAUUUCACGAAGAGCAAAUAAACCUUGCCGAUAAACUUAACCUGUUAGAUCUUAGCAAUGAGAAACGUUCUCCAUACUUCAAAUUAGAUACACAACGUGUAAACAUAUUUAAAGCUGCAAACCUCAAGGAAAAAGCUGGACCCAAAACUCUAGCUGAUGAAGCACUAGAGGAUAAGGUGGGCAUUGAAAGAUGUUUGGAAGAAAAUGACAAAAGUUUUGAAUCAUUAUUAAAAAUUGGUAAGGAAUUACUAGAUAACAUUAGGGUAGCAAGUGAACAACGAGAGGCGCAGCGUCGGGUAGUUGAACCUCAAGAACUGCAUAAAUUAGCAGCUACUAUUGAAAAUGAAAGUUUACAGAUGAUAGAUCAAAUGGGUGACAUUGAAAAUAGAUGGCUAAGCCUGAAAGAUAUCGAGGAACCAUAUGAAACUUUUGUAGAAUUAGAAAAACAAAAGAAGCGAUUGGCUGAUAUACUAGAUCGUAAAGAUACUUUAAUCAGAAAGUGCCAAGAACAUUCCAAACGGUUACAUGAACAAUAUUUCAUAGAUCAGAAACAAAAAGAAACAGAUAUUGAACAUUUCACCAGUCGAGUUUAUGCCCAAGUAGAGUUGAUAAAAGACUCAUAUAGAAAACAAAUGGAGCUUCUAAUUGAAGCAAUUAAAGAUGAAAGGAAAAAAAAUAAAUGGAAAUUGAAAUGGGAAAAAAUAUUUGAUCAGUCCAUGGAUGACAAUCAAAAAAAAAUUAUAAAAGAAGCAGACUAUUGUAAACUUUUUUAUCACGAAUUAACUAAUUUGCAGAAAAACCAAGAACGAGAAACAUAUGCUAUUAAAAUUAGAUUAGAAAAAGCAGCCGAAGACUUGGAAUGCGAUCUACAGAACACAAAAGCACAACUCUUAAAGACAUCCGAGAUAACCGAUUAUAAUUACUUAAUUUUGCAAAACCGUUUCGAGGAAAACAGUUUAAUUAAUAUUUUACAGAAAAAACGGGUAGCCAAAGUAAAACGUAAUAUCCUUAUACUCAGAAAACAAGUCUCCGAGCACAAAAUCGCAGCAGCAGCAGCAAGGAAGAAAAUGAAAGCUGAAAUCCGCGUAUUACAAUUCGCUCUUAAUGAUAUAGAGAAGCAAGCAGAACAGAUGAAGCUGAUCAAUAAAUCGAAUUUCGACAAUGUAUGGGCUGUAAACUUUCAAGAAAUGAAGAAAUUAAUCACUGAUAUUAUGAAUGUGGAGAGGGUAAUAUAUGAGCAAAUGUUAGGUUUACCAUGGGAAAACCCCGAAUUCGAUCUUACCGAUAUUAACAAACCAAAACAUAUAAUAAAAAAGACUCCAGAAACACAAGACAUGUUUUUCGACAUUGAAUUAGAUGAAAUGGAAAAGAAGAAUUUACUAGAAACAUUAAAACAGUUUUCGAAUCGUGGAGGUUUUAUAGUUGAAGAAAAUAUUCUAAAAGCUUUGGAGCCGUAUGGUGAAGGAGAUCAACGUCUUGUGACCAUUACUCAAAUAUGUAAAGCACUUUGUAUUAAAAAUGAAAAUAUGAUAAAAUCCUUGACGAAAUUCUUCACACCAUAUUCUUACUGUCCUAAUUGUUCUUCAGGUCCGAGCAAAAGAGCCAUUGCUGAUCUGUUCCUCAUUGGUGACAGCAGAGACACAUAUCUCCGAACUGAAGCACCAACCAAAAUUAAAAAAGGUUGUGUGGACCAUCACUUAGUAAUGGAACCAAUAUUUACAUUAACUGCACUCAAUCGUUUUGCAAAAUACGUACGCAACUCUUCGCCAUAUACUCAGGCAAUGAGAGCCGACAUAAGGCGACGAUCGACUUUACCAAAUUUAAUACAAGUUCAAAAGCAUGAUAUAGAAAAGUUUUGGGCUCAGCUCUCCACCUAUUUUACACCGGAAAAGGAAAACCUAUGGAAGUGCUUGGAUCAUGGACUCAAUCAUUAUGUGCAAGUCUUACAACAACGUGCAAAAUUGGAUAAGGAAUGCGAGGCACUUCGUAAACAGAAUGCCGAACUAAAUCGGUUAUUAAAGUUUCUUGACACAUAGAGAUCGCUUCUCAAUGAAGCGAUGUUUUGACAAUGAAACAACUAAAUUUUUACGUAGUAAUUUUAACAAUUUUUUUUUAAAGAUCAA